AUGGGAGAUUCUCAACAACAAGACACGAAAAAGAGGGCAGUUUAUGAACCGUGGACUAAGGAACAAAGCGAUGUAUUGUUAGAAAUUUUGGUUGAGUCUGCAAAACGGGGAUGGCGUGAUAAUAGUGGUAUAUUUAGCAAAGCAACUGUUGAAGAAAGAAUACUACCUGUUUUUAAUCAAAGACUUCGGUGUAAUAAGACUUAUAACCACUACCUAAGCCGUAUCAAAUGGUUUAAGACCCGUUGGACUGCUUAUUCAACACUCAUGAAGUUUAACUCUGGCUUUGGCUAUGACAACACCGCUAAAAAGUUCACGGCCCCGGAUGAAGUUUGGGAUGCAUACUGUCAGGUUCACCCAAAAGAUGCAUACUUGCGCCAUGGGGAAGACUUGGAAUUUGCUGUUGGAAACGGUGUGGCGGUAGGGAAAAACUCAAUUGGAUUGGGUAGUGCUACUGAUGCUAGGACACUAGGAGCUGAUGAAAAUAGAGUUCCGCACAUAGAGGAUUUGAAUUAUGAUGCUGAAACUGAAACGUUUGUAGGACUUACUCAAGACGAUCCGCCAUCAUCCGGUUCCAAAUCACCUUUGGUAUUUCCUGAAGUGUUUGUGGAAUCCAGUUAG